AUGCGCUACGGUCCGUGUCGCAGACUGAUAUGGACGCAUUUGAUGUGCCACUUCAAUCUAAAGCUGCCUUAGGUCUUUUAGGUACAGAAGGUGCGCGUGUGUCUUUGUGUCGUGCAUCAGCACUAAGUACUUGCAAUACUAAUACUUUGCCUUGAGGUUCGCGUCUGCCCGUGAAGACAGGAUGUGGUCGCGCUCGUUGCGGAUGCUUCCGAUCGCACUGCUGCUGCAGGGCACUUCGACGGCAGCCACUGGCAGCUGCACCGCUAGCGAGACCAUUCAGAGUGAAGUCGGCGGCUACGUGAACCAAGUCAUGGCCGAGAUGGUGCAGCGCGGGGCGAUGUCCGUCGAUGCUGCGAUAUCUAUGGCGGGGAAAGUGAAGAAUGAUACUCGUGACGGGUUGCUGACGACGCCGCAGACCGCGAUGCCGUCGCCGCUUCCGUACAAAGAUGUGGCGUUUACCGCGGCCGACGUUUUGCAGGAACUAAAUACCCACUACCAGCCGUCGGACUGGCGCUGUACAAAGCAGGCCAGUCUGUUCGCUUCUGGGGCGCGCCUGGUGGUUCCGCAGCUGGUCCUGGAGGAUUACCUCGGCUCCCAGCUACUUCCUUCUGCGGAUUUCAGCUAUUUGCGUGAGCCGGAAAUGUGGACGCGCACCGUGGUGGCCGAGUGCAUGAUCCGGGAGGUUUUUUCGGCCGACACGAUUGCCGAAGCGAAGCAAAACGCCCUGUACCUCAACUCCGAGCUGUUGACAAUGACGCGCGAGCAGUGGCUAGUGUGGGAAGCAGUGUCGGCCAGUACGCCCUUCGACGCGUCCGCUCUCACUGAAGAUCUGUUUGAACACAAAAUCCGCAUGUAUCAAGCCAAGUACGGACCGGCGUUCGAGCAAAUGACUUACAAGAGCGCCAUCAUCACUGUGGCCUUUCGGCAAGCACAUGCCCGCAGCAUCGGGCUCGAUACCAGUACGGACUCGGAGAUGCUGUACCAAAACGUGAAGUGGGCGAGUGACGUGAUGGCAACCUACGGUGGAAAUGCGCCCGCGCACCUGCGCAACAUCCAAGUCGGCAGAUUGGUGGAGACGCUUUCGCGUGCGUCGGCUUUCACCGCCUCCGCGGACCGGCGCAGUGUAUCCCUGUACAAUCAAGCAAACGGAAUUUCAUCCUUGAAGGGGUACGAAACUUACUACGCGGCCUUGAAUUCCUUCUUUAUCGUCAAGUUCGCCGACUUUCUCUUCAAAACCGUGUUUGCAGCCUCCUGUCCCCACUACCAAGACUGGAUCUCCACUAAAUAUCACUAUGCAUUGCAAAUAUCGGCUCUGGUCUGGAAACAUGCAAGUUUGCGAUGAUCGUUCUGUGUGGCUGGACAGGAAAAAUAAAAAAAGGCAUGUUUUAUGACAGGAGGUAAAUUGGUUAGACCCAUUUGUUUCUUGCCGCGCUGCAGCAGAGAGGGGAUCAUUUGUCAUGCCGUGACUACAGAUUCACUUUUUUUUUUAUGCUUUAUUGCCUUUGAUUUUGAUAGCCGAAAAAGACGAACAACGACGACAAGGCAUUGAAUCUCCGAUGUCAUGCGGAGUAAAAAUAAUGAAUUGCAGCGGUCUUGGAGGACGUGUGAUGCUGUGCCAUCAUGCAAUUGAGACUUCUUUGGGCAUGCUGGAGUACUACAGGCAAGGCUAGCAUGAAUAGCGUCUGCAUCGUUCCAGACCCGGAGAUGUUAUCCUUGCAAUGCAUACCUUCAUUACAAACUUGAUUGCGCCGCUGAUCAAGAAAGGGUCUGGAGUGGAAAACUACAUGUGGUUCCGUGCCAUGGCGUUGGAGGCGCGCGAUUUGUGGGGAGACUACACAGCCUGCGGAGAUAAACCGUCGAAGCCCCUCAUCCCGAAAAUCGAGCAGCUCAUCAACCAGGGGCAGGUCGUUUCUGCCACAACUUCCGGAGCCGGAUCAUCGGGAAGUAGUGACGGCACCGACACGAAUAACAUGAAGGACACGGCGAUCGUUAUCCUCGCGGUGUGCGUCGGUGUAGCCCUCUUUGGGAUCCUGUUCGGCAGCGUGGCCGUGUUGAACCUGGUGAAGCUCACACGGCAGCACGGCAACGGGCUCAGCGGUGCGUCCGGCAAAUCCAGCGAAGAAUCGUCUACGAAUCUAGCUACUGCAAAGCCCCUGGACUGUGUGGGCGAGACGGUAAACCCGGACGCAGUUCUUGUGUCUAUUUCGCGCGGGGAGCAGGCAAGCAAACCCAUCAAGUAAGCCGGUCCAAUGAUGUGAAAAGGAAACGCUUCUGUAUAAGUAUUUCGCUGUUUGACUGUAGACUGAUGCAUAGCACUGAAUUGCAAAACGGUUUCACGUGUUAACGUCGUUGCAAUUUUCACUACUCAACGUUGUUCAUUGAUCGACUUGUCUCUUCCUCGUAUCUGAACGCGAAAUACAAAUACGCCAGAAAAGCAGGUCGCGAGAGUAGCAUCAUCCGGCGAGGAUUCCGUAUACCACAGAUCAGUUUUGUCCAUAUCAAACGUUUGUAAUCAUGUACACGCUGAGCCGCACCCUGUGCGAAUUUUCCUUCCGUUUCCAAUGUCGUUGCAGUCUUCCCAGCGGCUUUUUUCGGAAACGCUAUACCUGGCAGACCUGUCAUACUUACUUGAACUUCUCGGAGCGACAUAUUCUACUGUUCAUAGCAUUUCAUUCGAGGAGGAGGACAGUGCCUGUUACAUAAACAUGAAAACAAAAACUUUGAUUCGUAUCGAAAAUUUUUCAAAAAGCAUUUCAUUGCGCGUAGCGCCAUAUGUCGCCUGAUUCCCUCACUAAUCACAAGGAUUAAGUCCAGACUUCUAUCUACUUUUUUUUUGCCGAAGUCUUGAGGCUGUUUUCUUUUCUUUUCGUCGUUUAUGUGACGGUGAGAACGGCACCCACGACCCCGCUAUGCUUUUCCGUGCGUGCUCCUAUCACGACAGUCGCACGAAACGACAGCCAAUUUCUCAUGCGCCAAAACUUUAUCUUGUUUAGUAUUUUUUUUUGCCGAUGAUGGUGCAACAAGCCAGUGCAACUCAUUCUUCAAAGAAACCAUAACAAAAAUGAAAAUGAAUUCAAAGGUUUUUCCUGUUUAAGGUAGACUGAAUAUCCAUAAUUUAUUUGAAUUUUUGAGUGUUCAAAACGACGACGAACUGAAGCUGUAGUAAAACGCAAAGAUGAUGUGAUGCGACUACUUACAUGCUAAGGUCCGGCAGUAGGAGGACGGGGUUUCUAGCAUGAAAACAUGUUCAACAUGCAGAAAUGCCUCAAAUUUAAUUAGAGACCUUUAUGAAUGUGAUUGCUGGUGGCGACACUGCUAAAAAGUGCGCACGAGAGAUGACGCCAAUGAUUUACUGGGCCUUUCAAAGUAGUCAGCACGACCGUCAAAAGACAUAAGAGAGCAAAGUCAGCUGCUGCAGGUCUGCUGCAGAGACGAAGCGUCAAAGCUGCACAAGUUUUAAAUUCAAGCUCAGGACUCCAGGGCCGGCGCAACAAGAUUCCGGAUGCGCUACGGUCCGUGUCGCAGACUGAUAUGGACGCAUUUGUGCCACUUCAAUCUAAAGCGCUGCCUUAGGUCUUUUGGGUGCAGAAGGUGCGCGUGUGUCUUUGUGUCGUGCAGCAGCACUAAGUACUUGAAAUAUUCAUACUUUGCCUUGAGUUUCGCGUCUGCCCGUGAAGACAGGAUGUGGUCGCGCUCGUUGCGGAUGCUUCCGAUCGCACUGCUGCUGCAGGGCACUUCGACGGCAGCCACUGGCAGCUGCACCGCUAGCGAGACCAUUCAGAGUGAAGUCGGCGGCUACGUGAACCAAGUCAUGGCCGAGAUGGUGCAGCGCGGGGCGAUGUCCGUCGAUGCUGCGAUAUCUAUGGCGGGGAAAGUGAAGAAUGAUACUCGUGACGGGUUGCUGACGACGCCGCAGACCGCGAUGCCGUCGCCGCUUCCGUACAAAGAUGUGGCGUUUACCGCGGCCGACGUUUUGCAGGAACUAAAUACCCACUACCAGCCGUCGGACUGGCGCUGUACAAAGCAGGCCAGUCUGUUCGCUUCUGGGGCGCGCCUGGUGGUUCCGCAGCUGGUCCUGGAGGAUUACCUCGGCUCCCAGCUACUUCCUUCUGCGGAUUUCAGCUAUUUGCGUGAGCCGGAAAUGUGGACGCGCACCGUGGUGGCCGAGUGCAUGAUCCGGGAGGUUUUUUCGGCCGACACGAUUGCCGAAGCGAAGCAAAACGCCCUGUACCUCAACUCCGAGCUGUUGACAAUGACGCGCGAGCAGUGGCUAGUGUGGGAAGCAGUGUCGGCCAGUACGCCCUUCGACGCGUCCGCUCUCACUGAAGAUCUGUUUGAACACAAAAUCCGCAUGUAUCAAGCCAAGUACGGACCGGCGUUCGAGCAAAUGACUUACAAGAGCGCCAUCAUCACUGUGGCCUUUCGGCAAGCACAUGCCCGCAGCAUCGGGCUCGAUACCAGUACGGACUCGGAGAUGCUGUACCAAAACGUGAAGUGGGCGAGUGACGUGAUGGCAACCUACGGUGGAAAUGCGCCCGCGCACCUGCGCAACAUCCAAGUCGGCAGAUUGGUGGAGACGCUUUCGCGUGCGUCGGCUUUCACCGCCUCCGCGGACCGGCGCAGUGUAUCCCUGUACAAUCAAGCAAACGGAAUUUCAUCCUUGAAGGGGUACGAAACUUACUACGCGGCCUUGAAUUCCUUCUUUAUCGUCAAGUUCGCCGACUUUCUCUUCAAAACCGUGUUUGCAGCCUCCUGUCCCCACUACCAAGACUGGAUCUCCACUAAAUAUCACUAUGCAUUGCAAAUAUCGGCUCUGGUCUGGAAACAUGCAAGUUUGCGAUGAUCGUUCUGUGUGGCUGGACAGGAAAAAUAAAAAAAGGCAUGUUUUAUGACAGGAGGUAAAUUGGUUAGACCCAUUUGUUUCUUGCCGCGCUGCAGCAGAGAGGGGAUCAUUUGUCAUGCCGUGACUACAGAUUCACUUUUUUUUUUAUGCUUUAUUGCCUUUGAUUUUGAUAGCCGAAAAAGACGAACAACGACGACAAGGCAUUGAAUCUCCGAUGUCAUGCGGAGUAAAAAUAAUGAAUUGCAGCGGUCUUGGAGGACGUGUGAUGCUGUGCCAUCAUGCAAUUGAGACUUCUUUGGGCAUGCUGGAGUACUACAGGCAAGGCUAGCAUGAAUAGCGUCUGCAUCGUUCCAGACCCGGAGAUGUUAUCCUUGCAAUGCAUACCUUCAUUACAAACUUGAUUGCGCCGCUGAUCAAGAAAGGGUCUGGAGUGGAAAACUACAUGUGGUUCCGUGCCAUGGCGUUGGAGGCGCGCGAUUUGUGGGGAGACUACACAGCCUGCGGAGAUAAACCGUCGAAGCCCCUCAUCCCGAAAAUCGAGCAGCUCAUCAACCAGGGGCAGGUCGUUUCUGCCACAACUUCCGGAGCCGGAUCAUCGGGAAGUAGUGACGGCACCGACACGAAUAACAUGAAGGACACGGCGAUCGUUAUCCUCGCGGUGUGCGUCGGGGUAGCCCUCUGCGGGAUCCUGUUCGGCAGCGUGGCCGUGCUGAACCUGGUGAAGCUGACACGGCAGCACGGCACCGGGCUCAGCGGUGCGUCCGGCAAAUCCAGCGAAGAAUCGUCUACGAAUUUAGCUACUGCAAAGCCCCUGGACUGCGCGAGCCCCGACUGUGUUUUGGUGAAGUUGCCGGCCACUGGGGAGGCGAAACAAUAGUUGGACAAGAUGGAGGAACAACACAGGCGAACGGGGCUGGCGUUCUCGAGUCAGCUCGUCGCGACGCGUGGUACUAAUUUGUUCCUGGAACGCCUGAUAUGAUUGUGCAAUAGUAGCGCUUCUUGAUCCUCUAUUGCAGCUUUGUGAUUUUUUUCUGCGCACUUCGUGCCGGCAGCCUAUUCUCUUCUCUUAAUCAGGUACUACGUUUGCAAAGGCAAGUGGAUACCAGCCCGGCCUUCUUGACGAGGAGUGCGACAGUCACCACGUAGUCUCUGUCCGCUGCCGCUUUCGUUCUCAACAAGAAAGCUUUCGCAUUUAUAUUUUUGUUUAUUCCUUCGUUUGUCCGUAUGCCUACAUGUAGAUGUACAUGCGAUCUAUGAUAGGGGUAGCUCGUCUCAGCAUAACUUUGCGUUUUUUCAAAAUGGUUGAAAGUACAAACGUCGAUAAUAGGGUCCACGAAGCUUGGCCUUCUGUUGCAUGUUCGGACUUUUUAGAAGGCUUGGAAAUUUGUCAUGUAUAGUGUAGGCCGUCCUCCUACACUGUUAUCGUUUAUUCUUCAGGGUCAGAUCAGUAGCUCUAGCUCCUGCUACACCUUUUAUUUUUGCAUGACUCUUCGCUGUAAUUUCUCAUGGUCAGUUCGGUAGCAUCAGCUACUCCUUCUAGUUUUACCCUCGUUUUUCUCCUCCAGGGACGCUGGGAACCUCGCCACUGAUGAGUUCACCAGGGUUCUUUGAGCUAUUAUGGGUUUCGCUGUGCAUUGUUAUAUUUUUCUGUGACACAUCUGAGAAGGAGGAAACUUGACAUGAAUAGGGUUCGAGGUCGUUACUUUUUUUUUGCAUCCUUGUCCCCGACGAAACAUAAAAAUGAACGCCAAUCACACACCAAGACUCAUAUUAUUUAUAGAAAACUGCAUUGCAGCUUGCCUAACGACCGCGCAAUUAGUGUCGGCGGAUCAAAAUAGAUCGCCCCACUGCUUAGAUUUGGGCCUAUGCAAAAAAUUGUUCUGCAGAUUCUGACUCACUUGCCAGAACAAAGCGCCACAUAUUUUUUAUGCGCGCGAGAGAGGACGCCAUGGGCUUACUGGCCCUUUCAAAGUAGCUAGUACCCUUAAAAGGUAAAGAGGGCAAAGUCUGUCAGCUGCUGUAGCUUUGUAUCUGUUGCAGAGAGAAAACGUCAAAGCUGCAUAAGUUUGACUCAAGCCCAGGACUUCUCCAGGACCGGCGCAACAAGAUUCCGGAUGCGCUACGGUCCGUGUCGCAGACUGAUAUGGACGCAUUUGAUGUGCCACUUCAAUCUAAAGCUGCCUUAGGUCUUUUAGGUACAGAAGGUGCGCGUGUGUCUUUGUGUCGUGCAUCAGCACUAAGUACUUGCAAUACUAAUACUUUGCCUUGAGGUUCGCGUCUGCCCGUGAAGACAGGAUGUGGUCGCGCUCGUUGCGGAUGCUUCCGAUCGCACUGCUGCUGCAGGGCACUUCGACGGCAGCCACUGGCAGCUGCACCGCUAGCGAGACCAUUCAGAGUGAAGUCGGCGGCUACGUGAACCAAGUCAUGGCCGAGAUGGUGCAGCGCGGGGCGAUGUCCGUCGAUGCUGCGAUAUCUAUGGCGGGGAAAGUGAAGAAUGAUACUCGUGACGGGUUGCUGACGACGCCGCAGACCGCGAUGCCGUCGCCGCUUCCGUACAAAGAUGUGGCGUUUACCGCGGCCGACGUUUUGCAGGAACUAAAUACCCACUACCAGCCGUCGGACUGGCGCUGUACAAAGCAGGCCAGUCUGUUCGCUUCUGGGGCGCGCCUGGUGGUUCCGCAGCUGGUCCUGGAGGAUUACCUCGGCUCCCAGCUACUUCCUUCUGCGGAUUUCAGCUAUUUGCGUGAGCCGGAAAUGUGGACGCGCACCGUGGUGGCCGAGUGCAUGAUCCGGGAGGUUUUUUCGGCCGACACGAUUGCCGAAGCGAAGCAAAACGCCCUGUACCUCAACUCCGAGCUGUUGACAAUGACGCGCGAGCAGUGGCUAGUGUGGGAAGCAGUGUCGGCCAGUACGCCCUUCGACGCGUCCGCUCUCACUGAAGAUCUGUUUGAACACAAAAUCCGCAUGUAUCAAGCCAAGUACGGACCGGCGUUCGAGCAAAUGACUUACAAGAGCGCCAUCAUCACUGUGGCCUUUCGGCAAGCACAUGCCCGCAGCAUCGGGCUCGAUACCAGUACGGACUCGGAGAUGCUGUACCAAAACGUGAAGUGGGCGAGUGACGUGAUGGCAACCUACGGUGGAAAUGCGCCCGCGCACCUGCGCAACAUCCAAGUCGGCAGAUUGGUGGAGACGCUUUCGCGUGCGUCGGCUUUCACCGCCUCCGCGGACCGGCGCAGUGUAUCCCUGUACAAUCAAGCAAACGGAAUUUCAUCCUUGAAGGGGUACGAAACUUACUACGCGGCCUUGAAUUCCUUCUUUAUCGUCAAGUUCGCCGACUUUCUCUUCAAAACCGUGUUUGCAGCCUCCUGUCCCCACUACCAAGACUGGAUCUCCACUAAAUAUCACUAUGCAUUGCAAAUAUCGGCUCUGGUCUGGAAACAUGCAAGUUUGCGAUGAUCGUUCUGUGUGGCUGGACAGGAAAAAUAAAAAAAGGCAUGUUUUAUGACAGGAGGUAAAUUGGUUAGACCCAUUUGUUUCUUGCCGCGCUGCAGCAGAGAGGGGAUCAUUUGUCAUGCCGUGACUACAGAUUCACUUUUUUUUUUAUGCUUUAUUGCCUUUGAUUUUGAUAGCCGAAAAAGACGAACAACGACGACAAGGCAUUGAAUCUCCGAUGUCAUGCGGAGUAAAAAUAAUGAAUUGCAGCGGUCUUGGAGGACGUGUGAUGCUGUGCCAUCAUGCAAUUGAGACUUCUUUGGGCAUGCUGGAGUACUACAGGCAAGGCUAGCAUGAAUAGCGUCUGCAUCGUUCCAGACCCGGAGAUGUUAUCCUUGCAAUGCAUACCUUCAUUACAAACUUGAUUGCGCCGCUGAUCAAGAAAGGGUCUGGAGUGGAAAACUACAUGUGGUUCCGUGCCAUGGCGUUGGAGGCGCGCGAUUUGUGGGGAGACUACACAGCCUGCGGAGAUAAACCGUCGAAGCCCCUCAUCCCGAAAAUCGAGCAGCUCAUCAACCAGGGGCAGGUCGUUUCUGCCACAACUUCCGGAGCCGGAUCAUCGGGAAGUAGUGACGGCACCGACACGAAUAACAUGAAGGACACGGCGAUCGUUAUCCUCGCGGUGUGCGUCGGUGUAGCCCUCUUUGGGAUCCUGUUCGGCAGCGUGGCCGUGUUGAACCUGGUGAAGCUCACACGGCAGCACGGCAACGGGCUCAGCGGUGCGUCCGGCAAAUCCAGCGAAGAAUCGUCUACGAAUCUAGCUACUGCAAAGCCCCUGGACUGUGUGGGCGAGACGGUAAACCCGGACGCAGUUCUUGUGUCUAUUUCGCGCGGGGAGCAGGCAAGCAAACCCAUCAAGUAAGCCGGUCCAAUGAUGUGAAAAGGAAACGUUUCUGUAUAAGUAUUUCGCUGUUUGACUGUAGACUGAUGCAUAGCACUGAAUUGCAAACGGUUUCACGUGUUAACGUCGUUGCAAUUUUCACUACUCAACGUUGUUCAUUGAUCGACUUGUCUCUUCCUCGUAUCUGAACGCGAAAUACAAAUACGCCAGAAAAGCAGGUCGCGAGAGUAGCAUCAUCCGGCGAGGAUUCCGUAUACCACAGAUCAGUUUUGUCCAUAUCAAACGUUUGUAAUCAUGUACACGCUGAGCCGCACCCUGUGCGAAUUUUCCUUCCGUUUCCAAUGUCGUUGCAGUCUUCCCAGCGGCUUUUUUCGGAAACGCUAUACCUGGCAGACCUGUCAUACUUACUUGAACUUCUCGGAGCGACAUAUUCUACUGUUCAUAGCAUUUCAUUCGAGGAGGAGGACAGUGCCUGUUACAUAAACAUGAAAACAAAAACUUUGAUUCGUAUCGAAAAUUUUUCAAAAAGCAUUUCAUUGCGCGUAGCGCCAUAUGUCGCCUGAUUCCCUCACUAAUCACAAGGAUUCAGUCCAGACUUCUAUCUACUUAUACUUUUUUUUUGCCGAAGUCUUGAGGCUGUUUUCUUUCAUUUUCGUCGUUUAUGUGACGGUGAGAACGGCACCCACGACUUCGCUAUGCUUUUCCGUGCGUGCUCCUAUCACGACAGUCGCACGAAACGAC